UAUUCAGCAUUGCCAAAGAUGUUAAUGUAGUUUUAUACCAUGGAAGCCAGCCUUAGAUAAUGUAACCAAAAUUGUGUUAGUUUUUAUCACUUGAAAUGGAAAAAAACAUCAUUGAGUUGUAUAUCACAUGGGCAUGACCAAUACAGUAUGUCUAAUUAAGAUUUGGUUUCAAAACACUUAUUGUGAAACCGUCAACAAUUUUCCACUGGAUAACUCAGCCUCCUUGAACUCAGUCUACUUUUACAACAAGGAAAGACGUUUUUGUUUUUAACCAUCUACGAUUUCAAACAUUUAAAUUGUAUAAUUGAAAGCCUUUAGAUAAUGUCUCCAGGAGUUUCCAAUUGUCAUUAUCGUGAGGUUCCACCGUCCAUCUCCUUUUCUGGAUCUGGAUUUAUGGCCAUCUAUCAGUUAGGAGUUUCGCAGUGCUUACUAAAUCAUGCACCCUGGAUACUACGCACAGCACCUUGUGUCCUGGGUGCAUCUGCUGGGUCUCUGGUAGCAGCUGCUGUAGUCUGUGAAAUGAACCUGAGUACUAUUCGUGAUGAGAUGCUGAAUUUUGCCAAACAGAUGAAGGCUUUUACGCUUGGACCGUUUAACCCUUCAAUCAAUGUUUUCCACUGGUUAGAGUGUAUUUUAAACAAACAUGUUCCUUCAAAUGCGCACCAACUGGCAAAUGGACGUCUUUUUGUGUCCAUGACCCGCCUCUCUGAUGGAAAGCACAUUGUCAUGUCUGAGUUCCAGUCCAAAGCAGAUGUAAUGCAGGCUUUGCUAUGCAGCUGCUUUGUGCCGGUGUACUGCGGCAUGCUGCCUCCAUCCGUCAACGGAGUAUAUUAUCUUGACGGGGGUUUCAGCAGCAUGCAGCCAGAGGUGUCUUCCCCCCUCAUGCAAACCUUGACGGUGUCUCCAUUCUCUGGAGAGAUGGACAUCUGUCCCGUCGACAAGCCUUGCAUGUGGGACAUGGUAGUGAGCGGUACCACCUUAAAGGGCAACAUGGCUAACAGCUUCAGGAUCAUAAAUGCUCUCUACCCUAUGAAUUUAGAAAUUCUGGAACAAUCCUACCACAACGGCUACAAGGAUGCUAUUGAUUUCCUUCUCCGCAAUGAUCUUGCCCCAUAUUUGACGAUACAAAAAGUAUCUCAAGGACCACAUAACUUUCACCAAACUAAAACGUGGAUCAAUCUAGAGACCGCCGUAGAGGGAGAAAAGGAAAUGAAGGUGGAACAGGAGGCCAUGACACUGACAUCUUUCAUAACCUAUAAACACAUGCAAACUGGAAGUUCUACCGAGCAUGAAUUGACUGGAAAUCGACAAAGUAAAAAACCUCCUCUCCAUUUUGACAUGAUAGGAAAUGUUCUGCUGAGCAACAUGGUGAUCUACCUGAGCAUGUUUGGAGUUCCUGUGAGAAUCUUAUCCCACCUGCUGGUACCUUUUAUCCUCUUGUUUUACGCACUACUCCAGAGUAAGCAUGGACUGGAGUUGGUGCUCAGAAAGGCAUCUGAGUUGGUGUUCUGGGUUUGGCAUUGCCAGAGACAUUUUUUAUUCUUCUUUUUCAACAUAUGUUUCUGUACCCUAAAGAAAAACACAUUUGACCGGGUCAUGCCCAUCAUCCUGCUGUUGCAGUGGCUGAUUAGGGCACCAAAUGAGGCUCCACAAGGACGGAGGCCUGCUACACCCUCUUCUGCCCAUUGAGAGAUGUUGUGCGUGGGAAAUCACAGUAUAUGCAAAGAGAGACACUGACGAUUCACCAAGCAGAAAUUUAGACACUACUAUAGCUAUUUAUAGCUUGUAUUUUGCAAAGUUAAGCUUUUUUGACUGCAUAUUUUCAUUGAAGGGAGCAAUACAAUUCUUGAAACUUUUUUUUGGGGGGGGGGGGGGGGGCUUUCUUUUAUCUAAACUGGUUAAUAUAUUUCUAUUCUUUUGUACUUUUUAAACUGUAUGAUUCACUGUAAUCAGUAGAGUGCAGACCUCCACUAAGGCUUAACAGUAAUUUUACAGUCAACAUUGUACUUGAUUAGAAUAGUCGCAGUAAAUGAUGCUAAUAUCAAAUUAAAAAGCUUAGCAUAUGACAGAAAAGUUCAUUUCAUUCACUCAUUAAAUAUUUAUUUAAAAGUAACAAACACAGUAUACAUAUAGAAUUUCAAUUAGCCAAGUGUUCAUUGAGCAUAACAAAUUUUGUAACAAGUUUACUGGGACGUUUCCUAGGGGAAAAAUCAUGCAUGUGUUAAUAUUGUGAGGCCACUAGCCAUAUUAACGUCAACAGGAGAUAUGCCUGUUUGGAAAUUGAAAGGUUGUCACUAUCAAAGUGUCUUUCUCUGAAGAUCAAUCAUUACAUUACAUACUUGGUGGAGGUAUAACUGCUGGCUGCAUCAUGCUGUACUACUAUAUUGUUGCAACCUUUUUAUGUCUAAUGAAAAGAAUUAUCAACAUUGCUUAAUCUGUAAAUUAUUAAUAGAGUGUAUAACAGCCUACAAUGAAAACUCACUGCUGAUAGAAGAAUGGAUGUAAGUGGUUCAUCAGCUGAUUUGUAGGGAAGAUUCAUUAAUGCAAAUUAGUUGUCUAAAGGUUUCUAGGAAAAAAAACACGUGCAGUUUGAGUCAAGUUGAAAGUUUAGCUCCAGGAUGCUUAUCUAGACUGUUCCUAAUUUCAAUUUCUCAUAGUCCUGUGAUGUGCUGUUUGAACACUGUGCUCUUUCUCUCCCUGAGUGGAAACAUUUUUGACCUAAUGUUCAUUCCCGAUGUUAAGCCUCAGCAGACUCUGGCAUUGGCCCCAUUUCUGUUUUCAACAGAAGCUGCUAAAAAAAAAAAUCUCAUAAUUCUAAAAAAAAAAAAAAAGGACGCCACAAUGUUAGGUGUCACUAUGUCCUGUGACACUUUUGAUGUAGUCGCAAAAACACAGAGUUCCUUCA